CCUCUCAUCAUUUUCCACAACACAACACAAAACAAAUUCACCAAAUCAAAUCUCCAAAUCCCUUCAGAAUCAUUCUUCUGUUAGAGACAAGUAUUCCAUUCGAAUCGAUAUAGUUCAGUGGUAAAGCAUUUGAUAUUGAGACGGUUUGUUAUUUACCAAGGAAUGGACGCAAUGUUAGGAUCCUUAGAUGCAUGCAAGCCAGCGUGCAACGACGUAGGAUCCUUACCAAACGGCACCGUUUCAACAAUCCAAGGCACACACUCUUCAUCUCUCGUCACACCCUGCGACGCCAACCUAGGCCGCCACCUGGCACGGAGGCUGGUCGAGAUUGGCGUCACGGACGUUUUCUCCGUCCCCGGCGACUUCAACCUGACGCUCCUCGACCACCUGAUCGCCGAGCCCAACCUCAACGUGAUCGGGUGCUGUAACGAGCUCAACGCCGGGUACGCAGCGGACGGGUACGCGCGGAGCCGGGGCGUGGGCGCGUGUGUGGUGACGUUUACCGUUGGAGGAUUGAGCGUGCUGAACGCGAUCGCCGGAGCGUACAGCGAGAACUUGCCGGUGAUAUGUAUCGUCGGGGGACCGAACACGAAUGACUAUGGGACCAACCGGAUCUUGCAUCACACCAUUGGCUUGCCGGAUUUCACCCAGGAGCUUCGCUGCUUCCAAACUGUUACUUGCUACCAGGCUGUGGUUAAUAACCUGGAAGAUGCUCAUGAGAUGCUUGACACUGCAAUCUCAACCGCACUGAAAGAAAGCAAACCUGUUUAUAUCAGCAUCAGCUGUAACUUGGCUGCAAUUCCUCACCCCACUUUCAGUAGGGAGCCAGUUCCAUUUUCAUUGUCUCCAAAAUUGAGUAAUCAAAUGGGGUUGGAGGCAGCAGUAGAGGCUGCAGCUGACUUCCUAAACAAGGCAGUGAAACCGGUACUCGUCGGCGGUCCUAAGCUGAGAGUGGCCAAGGCUAGUGAUGCCUUUGUUGAAUUGGCUGAUGCAUGUGGCUAUGCUUUUGGGGUGAUGCCAUCGGCUAAAGGACUAGUCCCUGAGAACCACCCUCACUUCAUCGGAACAUUCUGGGGCGCCGUGAGUACCUCAUUCUGCGCCGAGAUUGUAGAGUCUGCUGACGCAUAUUUGUUUGCUGGACCAAUUUUCAAUGACUACAGCUCAGUUGGGUACUCACUCCUUCUCAAGAAAGAGAAGGCCAUCAUUGUGCAGCCGGACCGGGUAGUGAUCGGAAAUGGACCUGCAUUUGGAUGUGUUCUGAUGAAGGAUUUCCUUAAGGCGCUUGCGAAGCGUCUUAAGCACAACAACACUUCAUAUGAGAACUAUUACAGGAUCUUUGUCCCUGAUGGAAAGCCUAUCAGCUCUGAACCAGGAGCACCUUUAAGAGUCAAUAUUCUGUUUCAACAUAUACAGAAUAUGCUGUCUAGUGAAACUGCUGUUAUUGCUGAGACAGGGGAUUCAUGGUUUAACUGCCAAAAGCUGAAAUUGCCAAAAGGAUGUGGUUAUGUUGAUAACAGGUAUGAGUUCCAAAUGCAAUAUGGCUCAAUUGGAUGGUCUGUUGGUGCAACUCUUGGUUAUGCACAGGCUGUGCCUGAGAAGAGAGUGAUUGCUUGCAUUGGUGAUGGAAGCUUUCAGGUGACAGCUCAGGAUGUGUCUACAAUGCUGAGAUGUGGGCAGAAGACCAUAAUCUUCCUGAUAAACAAUGGUGGAUACACCAUUGAAGUUGAAAUCCAUGAUGGACCAUACAAUGUGAUCAAGAACUGGAAUUACACUGGCUUGGUUGAUGCAAUCCACAAUGGUGAAGGAAAAUGCUGGACCACUAAGGUCACAUGUGAAGAGGAGCUUGUUAAUGCAAUUGAAACAGCAACAGGAGCAAAGAAGGAUUGCUUUUGCUUCAUUGAGGUGAUUUGUCACAAGGAUGAUACAAGCAAAGAAUUGCUUGAAUGGGGUUCUAGGGUUUGUGCUGCCAAUAGCCGUCCACCAAAUCCUCAGUGAUCCUUUCUAUCAAGUUGAGAUUUUCUUUAGGAGAUGCUUCUACAUGAGAGGAAUUUUUUUCUUGAUUUUAAAUGGCUUAUAAAUAUAAUGAGCAUUUUAUAUAAGUGAGUGGAUAGGACUAGCUUGUUUCUAUGUAAAUUCAUUCAUCUAAGUUAAAAUCAUUCUGCUGCGGGUUUCUUUUUAGCUGCAAUGCUUCUGAAUCAUUAUUAUGUAGAGCAUCUUUUAUGUUUCAAUAAAGAAAAUUUAGUGUUUUACUUGC